AUUUUUUCUAUUCCAUUUAACUCCGCCCACCCUUUAAAAGACCGGAAAAGCGGGAGACGUUAAUAUAGGCGCAGUCACAGAGAGCGAGAGAGAGAAGGGUAAGGAAUGGAGAUUGGAGAGUGAUAGUUCGCGAGAGAGAGCUUUUCCCUCUUUUGGAGUGAGAGAGUGAGAGAGUGAGUUCACGGCAAUAAAGUGAAAAACUAUAGUGAUAAAAAUGACAGGCAUUGUGCAAGAACAGAAUUUGGAAAAGCAGAUAGAGAAGCAAAUGGGGUGCAUGGCAGGGUUCCUUCAGAUCUUUGAUCGCCACCAGGUUCUCACCGGAAAACGCCUUUACGCCACCAAGCGUCUCCCUCCUUCAACGAUGGAUGAUUCUAGUCCAGAGUCGGAGAAGACCAUGGCGUCUCCAGCAAUGUCGAGAGAAUUGGAGGAGAAGCAGCAGCAAACAAUACCAAUGCCUUCUCCAGGCCACUCCAAGCAGCAGAACUCUCCGGUGACGGAGCUCCGAACUCCGGCGCCGGAGUCUCAGGCCAAGUUGCCUCUUCCUCUUCCGGUGUUCGAGCUAAAAGAAGGCACCAAGUCAUCGUGGAAAUUCUGUAAAGAAGCUCCUAGACUUUCUCUUGAUAGCAGAGCAACCUUCGACGCCAAAGGAAGCCUUAAACCGAAAGAGAUCCGUACAAACGCUGCAAUUUUAUCAGCAAACCGUUGCGAGAAGAAUGGGGAAGAAGCAGAUGAUAAUGAUAAGCAACGCCGAUCGCCUAGCGUGAUCGCGAGGUUGAUGGGACUAGAGCAAUUACCAGAAUGGGAAACUGAACAGGAGAAGAAACCAGAACUAAGAAGAUCUGCUUCAGAAUCCCGAGCCUCCAGAGAUCUCCUGCAGUAUCGAUUUAUUGACGGCGUCAAUUUCCAGUUAAAGCAGUCACAGCAGCAGAAUGCACAGAGCAAUGUUUCAAAUAAUGUGAUCAGAGACGGUUCCGUUAAAGAUCAAAUGAAUAAUGGCAGAGCAGCAGAUCCAAAGGAGUACAAUAUUGUGAGAAAUUGUAGAGUUGAGCCAGCUAAGGCCCCUCGUAGAGGCAUAGGACUGAGAAAGAGCUUCUUUGAUUCAGCUGAUUUCUUUCCUGAGCCAAAAGAAACUGUUUCUAUUUACGGUGAGAUUGGGAGGAGGCUGAAAAUGAGAGGAAUCGAUGAGCCAUCGAAGAAUCUCGAGACUCUCAAGCAAAUUCUUGAGGCUCUGCAACUCAAAGGCCUUUUACAUUCCAAAACGCCAUCAAAUCAAACCAAUCAAAGAAAUGUUGUGUACGACAGAAGUUUGUCACAUGAUGAAUCUCCGAUUGUGGUAAUGAGGCCCGCAAGAUCAACGGCUUCUUCUUCUCCAAUGAACAGGCCUGGAAGAAUAGGUAAUGAUUCUUCUCCUUCUAGUUUUAGAGCUAGGCCGGCAGUUCGACGGGAUUCUAUUAUUGCCGGCGAAACAUUACCUGCAAUGAGCCCUAGACGUGAGCGACCUGAGAUUGAACCAAAUGUACGGAACCAAAACAGAGGUAGGAGUUCGAUUUCACCUACUCGAAGUGAGACCAGCGUGAAGAGUCCCAAUAGAAGAACACGUUUAACUGUUGAAACGCAGAGGAGAAUAUGCAAUAAUUCAACUGAACAGAGACGAGUCUCUCCGGUUCAAUCUCCUAAAGUCAGUUCUAGGAGAACCUUACCAGAUCAGACCCUAAAUCGAUCACCGAGAAACCGGAAACAAAUGGUUGACAUUUACCAGAAGGAGGAGAAAGUAUUUGUUCUAGCAGAAGAUGAAUCAUCCUCCAUUUCUGACGGUAGUAUCAGCACAUCUUCUCAGACUGAUACAGAGAGAUCGAAAAUGGAGGAUUACAAAGAAGGUAGGAGUCUGCUAGAGAGGUGCGAUAAGCUACUUAACAGCAUAGCAGAGAUGACUGCCACCGAGUUGCAACCGAGUCCAGUAUCAGUUCUUGACUCGUCAUUUUACAAGGAGGAAUCUUCUCCUUCGCCUAUUAUGAAACGGAGCGUUGAUUUCAAAGAUCGAUUUGCUGAAUUGGAAGUAGAUAUUUGGAGCCCGGCAAUUUCUCCAAUACAGUUAAAAUCAGAAGAGAAUUCAGAUGACUCUGAUUUUAUCUACAUUUCUGAUAUCCUGAGGGCUUCCAAUUAUUUACCAGAAGACUCUGAUGUUUUCCUUUUACUAGAAAAACAACAGUAUUUACAAGGAAAGGACACAUCCAAAGUCUCAACAUUACAAAGGAAGCUUAUUUUUGACACAAUAGAAGAAAUUCUCAAGCGGAAUAGGCAAUUGCCCCCCUGGAAGAAGGCCAGUAAUAGUGUCAACACUUCAUUGCAGCAAAUUUGGUCUGAAUUUCAAAGAAUUCGGGAAAGGGAUGCGGCGGAUAAUUUGUUGGAGGUGAUUUGUGGUCUGCUAAAGAAGGAUCUAGCAGGGGAUGCAAUCAAUGGAUGGGGAGACUGCCCAAUUGAGAUGUCUGAAGCUGUUUUAGACAUUGAAAGGCUAAUUUUUAAGGACUUGAUCGGCGAAACAAUCCGAGAUCUCGCUACCUUUACUGGGAAAUGUAAACUGCAGGCUGCCUCAUUGCCUAGGAGGAAGUUGGUUUUCUAAAAGCGAGAAGCAGAAGCCUUUGUUUUGUUAUUAUUAUGAGGACUAUAAUUAUUAUUUCUACAGAAGUGUUCUUUUCGCGCGCUUUCUUGCUUUCUGAUCUUCUUUUAUUUUCCUAUAUUUAUGGGUUUUGACAAAUGUGGGUACCGUGUAAUUCUUAAUUUUAGUUUACCUUAAAACCAGGGAAAAUCUAACGUUCGUUUUGCAAUCUGUAAAAAUAGUGGCAAGCCAUGAUAAAAAAAAAAAAGUGUUAGAUCUAGAUCUUAGUAGCAGUUUAUAAUGAAUUUGGAUUUACUUUUAGUACCA